AUGGAAAAAGAGUAUAAGGAAACGGAAGACAAAAAUGCUGCGAUUCCUUCUUUUAAAGAACGAGAGGAGAAAGAAGAAAAGGAGCAUCAGGCGAAGCUGAAAAAGUUAGAAGACGAAGAAAAUGAACUAGAAACCGAGUUGAAGACCCUCGCUGAGGCAGUGCGUGCCCAACCAGCCGAUGGACGGGUCUUUGCAUCCCAGGCUUCAUCCAGCGAAGGGCGUAAACGAGUCUCACUGCAGGUGUUCCUCCAAGAGAACGUCAUGCUCAUCCUCCUGGGCGCCUUCGCAGUACGUAAGCAACAGCAGGCCUCUUACCGUCUCUCACGCCAUCAUCGUGUAUCUUGCUCUCUCUCUGCCCCCAUUGCACAUGUGCAGUGACCGACUGGUUCUCCUUCUGGGAGAUGAACAUUGACGAGCCUUCCCAAUACACCAUUCCCCUCCUGUGCAAGCGGCUCCUUCUCGCCUCUGCCUCUGUCUCUACGGCCCUGCUCGUCCUCAAAUGGUGUUUGGAGUACGCCCAAAUGAAUGCCACACUGGUACGCAGGGGAGACGUCUUCAGGUGAGCACUUUGCUGACGACUUGUGCAUUGCGGUCGCUCAGGUACAGCGCAAAAAGGGACCCUUGGGCGACAUCGAAUCAAACGACUGCUCCCGUCUCAUCAAGUCGGGCGUGGACUCCCCGCAAGGGACGUCUGCCACGGUGCCCAUCAUCACUCGCUUCGACCGGCCCCCCCCUCCUCGGUGGCUCGUCAGGAUGAUAACGGUGCUGAGCGGCAUCUCUGUCCUCAACGACAGCAUCGAUUUCAUCAACGUCAUGAUCAUUCUUUGCGCCAACCCAGGAGCCAGUGCUAUUGGCACACUCAUCUGCAAUCUGUUCCUGAACUCGCUGAAUGUCAUCGCCUCAGCCUAUGAAGCCAUGGGCUUUGAAGCAUCCCAAGAGAAGAUGCAAGAACAGCUGGCGCAAAACCUGACAGCCGCACUGAAAAAGCAUGCACGGCUGGAGGAUUCACCCGAUACCUUACUGCAAUCGUCCAAUCGACGCUGGCUAUCUGGGCGGGCGCACAUAGCGGCCCCCAUUGCGUGUUUCUGUGGGGCGAUGGGUGCGUUGCUAGGUGCAAUCCCUGCUUCGUGGAUCUGGGCAAUCGUCAUUUGGUUUGGGGGAGUCUUCUGGUAUGGUGCUGUUCUGCUGUUCUUCAUCGGCAUUGCGAUUGAAAUCUUUAUUGGCGUCGAGACGCACUGCCUCAUUCCGAGGGAGCUUCUUAAAGUUUCAGAAGUCAAUCUCUCUGACUACAUCCGAUUGGGUCUUUUGCACGUGCUGAUUCCGGAGCUUGUCGAUGCAAUCACUGAUUGGAUUACCUUCUUUUCAACUGCCGUCUUCAGCGAGAGAGUCCCGACAUGGCUUUGGCGCCUCUACUUUCUCUCCCCUCUGAUAGGGACCUUCAUGCUCUAUCCUUCUCUUCUCACCAUGCUCGAGGCCAAAGUUGAUGCCCGAAGCCAUCGUGAGGCGAGACGCAAUCGUCUGUGCAGUAUACUCUGCGAAGACCUUUUGGGCCUGGUAUGCAAUGUCCUCUUUCUCUGUUAUCCCACUUACCAGCUGCAGCUGCUCCCAAUUGCCAACAUCAUUUUGACGGUGGCGGUCGUCAGUUGUCAGCUGAUUACAGAGUUCACGGGACUCCAACAUGCCAAGCUCAUCGACUAUAUCGAUCAAAUUCGACAGGGAGACACCGGGCGGAAAAGCAUGGGAGAGCGUAUAGCUAAUUUUUGCUAUCCCCAGUGGGGGUAUCAGAAGAGAGAUGCUUUCAUGGCUGUAAAGACGCUUCUUGACGGUGGCGCAGAUCCAAACAUGGCAUGCGGCGAGCCCCUUCAUCGCGCAGUGAUGGCCAAGACAGAGACCGACAGCGACAGCCCCUUGGUGUGGGAUGCUGAAAGAGUAGCUACUCGAAUAUUCAACACUGUGGAGCUGCUGUUGGAAGCCGGAGCACGCCUCAAUCUUGGCACACGGCAACUGGCCGGCGGCCUAGUCGUGGCGCCUUUAGACGAAGUGGUGAGUGGGCUGAUACGCAUAAGAGAUGGACACCAUCGAGACUCACACACAUGGCCUGACUGAGUGCCAUGUUUGUGCAGGUGAUACAGCCCGAGCUGCAGCAUGUUGCCGCCCUCCUCAAAGCCAAUGGGGCUCGGCAUUCGGACGACUACUACAAAUAUGGCGGGCACACCAAUCAGCCACGCUACGCCGCCCUUUUGACGCAAUCCACUGCCUUGGAUCGUCAAUAUGACAAGAUACGAGACGAAAUGGAUUUGCUUGAGACGAUGAUUAAGGAGCAAGACAAAAGACGAGAGAAACACGAUGAGGACGAAAAGUCUCGCGCCGGUCUUUCUGAGAAAGAACGGGAGGACCAAGAAAAAAAGGCACAUCAGGCGAAGCUGGAACAGUUGCGAGACCAACAUCAUAAACUACAAAUGGAUUUAUGGACCUCCGCUGAGGCAGUACGUGCAGAACCAGCUGAUGGACGGGUCUUUGCAUCCCAGGCCUCAUCCAGCCAAGGUCCCAGACGACUACCACUGCAAGUGUUCCUCCGAGAGAACGUCAUGCUUAUCCUUCUGGGCGCCUUUGCAGCACGUAAGCAACAGCAUGCAUCUUACCAUCUUCACGCCAUCAUUAUGUUUCUCUCUGCUCCCGAUGCAAUGUGCAGUGACCGACUGGUUCUCCUUCUGGGAGAUGAGUAUUGACGUGCCCUCUCAAUACACCGUCCCCUUCCUGUCCAAGCGACUUCUUCUCGCAUCUGCCUCUGUCUCUACGGCUCUGCUCGUCCUCAAAUGGUGCCUGGAGUACGUCCAAAUGAAUGCCACACUGGUACGCAAAGAAGACGUCUUCACGUGAGCAGUUCGCUGACGACUUGUGCAUUGCGGUUGCUCAGGUGCAGCGCAAAAAGGGACAAUCGGGUGACAUCGAGUUGAGUGGACGCUCCCGUCUCAUCGACUCGGGCGUGGACUCUCAGGCAGCGACCCCGCGAGGGCCGUCUCCCACGGCACCCAUCAUCACUCGCUUCCACCGGCCCCCCCCUCCUCGAUGGCUGGUCAGGAUGAUCACGGUGCUGAGCGGCAUCUCUGUCCUCAAUGAUAUCAUCGACUUCAUCAACGUCGUGAUCAUUCUUCAUGCCAUCGGCAACCUCCGAAGCCACGCGAUAGGAAUACUCAUUAGCAAUCUCUCCUUGAAUCUGCUGAAUGCCAUCGCCUCAGCCUACAAGGCAAUGGGAUUCGAAGCCUCCCAGCUGGCCCAAAUCAUACCCGAGGAUCCGGAACAGACCGUCAGGCUCUUUGCGGUCAUUGGGCUUUGUGCUCCUUCUGGGGUGGUCGGUGCUCUUUGUGCUUAUUGGGGGUGGAGUUGGAUUGGGGGCUUCUUUCGGUGGUCUUCCAUCAUGCUGAUGCUGUUUCUCCUUUCCAUGCUCAUGCUGGCUUGCUUGCUCGGCUGCGCAACCUGCUUGAUAGAGGUGAUGCCAGGGGCUCACCUCUUCCACUACCACCGAUUGGGUCUUCUGCAUGUGCUGAUCGCAGAGCUUGUCUCCACGACCACCGCGUGGAUUACUUUCUUUACGAUUGCGGUGGUCAACAAGGGAGUCCCCACAUGGCUUUGGCGCCUCUACUUUCUCUGGCCCGUCACAGAGACCUGGCUCCUUUACCCUUCUCUUCUCACCAUGCUUGAGGCCAAAGUUGAUGCCAGAGCCCAACUGAUGUUCGGAUGGGCUCGUCUCUCCAGCAUACUCUGCGAAGACCUUCUCGGCCUGAUAUGCAAUGUCCUUUUCCUCUGCUAUCCCACUUACCAGCUGCAGCUGCUUCCACUUGCCAACAUCAUUUUGACGGUGGCAGUCAUCGGUUGUCAUCUGACUAGAGAGCUUACGGCACUUCAACACAUCGAACUCAUCGACCGCAUCGAUCAAAUUCGGAAGGGAUACAUCAAAUGGAAAAGCAUGAGGCAGCGGAUGUACGACUUUUUCGGUGUCCGUUACCAAGAAGGGACAGCUGAUGCUCUGGUGGCUGUCAAGAGGCUUCUCGACGGUGGCGCAGAUCCAAACACGGCAAACGGAGAGCCUCUUUAUCGCGCAGUGAUGGCCGAGACAGAGACCGACAGCAGCGACCGCUGGGUGUGGGAUGCUAAAGGCAGAGUAGCUACUCGAAUAUACAACACUGUGGAGCUGCUGUUGGAGGCCGGGGGAGACCCCAAUCUUCGCAACCUUUUCGACGAAGUGUUCACCGGGGGGAUAAGCGCAAAGAGACGGAUGCCACACAGGUUCACACACAUGGCCUGACUGGGUGCCAUGUUUGUGCAGGUAAAACAGCCGGAGCUGCAGCAUGUUGCCGCCCUCCUCAAAGCCAAUGGGGCUCGACAUUCGGACGACUACUAUAAAUACGGCGGCCACACCUCUCAGCCACGCUACGCUGCCCCUUCGACGCGGCCCAAGGGUUGGUGACAAGAAUUCGUACGACAAAGAAGAUUUAAAAUGAUUGCAGUCGAGAUGAGAAAGAUGAGUGUGAUGCCUAUGUUUUUCUGCAGCCUGAUCAAGAGCGAAAUCAGGAGCCAGAGCGACGCGAGGAAAUCAGGAAAGAGCUAGAGGAUGGAGAGCAAGUUUUGGAAGCGAAUUUCAAGACCCUCACCGAGGCAGUUAGUGCACAAGCAGCCGGCGGUGAGGUAUUGAUAAGCUGGUGACACCCGAUUCUCAUCAUGCGAGGUGGCGCACAGCCGAUGUGACCGCACGAUUGGUGCAUGAGAAGUGGACUUGCGGGUGUCUCUGUAGGUUUUAUAUUUUGUAUGUGUGUAUGACCCCAUAUGUGAACGGAUCAU